AUGGUUCUCAUUAACAAGGACGACUGGGUGUGGAUAGAGCCCCAAACGAAGGGGGAAUUCGACGUGGCCGUCGGGGGCGUGGUUAAAAAAUGCGAAGCCGAUAGCUACCUUAUUCUGGAUGACGAUAAUAAGGAAGUCUGGGUCAGGCCACCACAAAAGGUCAAUGGCAUGCACCCAACGUCAGUGAAAGGGGUCGAAGACAUGAUCCAAUUAGGUGACCUCAACGAAGCAGGAAUACUUAGGAACCUUUUUAUGCGUUACAACAAUGGAGAUAUCUAUACGUACACCGGAUCGAUCCUUGUGGCACUGAAUCCCUACAAAGUUCUUCCCAUAUACGCCCCGGAAGAUAUCCAGAGAUACAAAGAUAAAAAAAUCGGCGAACUUCCACCGCAUAUCUUUGCCAUUGGUGACAAUUCGUACCACAACAUGAGAAGAUAUCUUGAUAACCAGUGCAUUAUAAUAAGUGGCGAAUCCGGAGCUGGAAAAACCGAAAGUACCAAAUUGAUCCUCCAGUUUUUGGCGGCAGUAAGCGGUCAACAUUCAUGGAUAGAACAACAAAUAUUGGAAGCCAAUCCAGUUAUGGAAGCUUUCGGUAAUGCAAAAACGGUUAGGAAUGAUAACUCGAGUAGAUUCGGUAAAUAUAUCGAUAUCUAUUUCAAUAGUAAUGGCUCUAUCGAAGGUGCCAAGAUUGAACAAUAUCUCCUGGAAAAAUCUAGAAUUGUUGGACAGAAUCGCGACGAAAGGAACUACCACAUAUUUUACUGCAUGUUGGCCGGUCUGUCUUCCGAAGAAAAACAACAGCUGCAGCUGACCAGAGCUGAAGAUUAUCACUAUCUUACUCAGGGUAACUGUGUGACGUGUGAAGGUCGUGAAGACGCUUCCGACUUCUCUGAAGUCAGAGCCGCCAUGAAAGUCCUGACGUACACAGAGGACGAGAUAAAUAUAAUUAUGAAAAUUCUCGCGGCUCUUUUGCAUUUGGGAAAUGUUACAUAUAAAGGUUCCAUGGUAAAAAAUAUAGAAGCGGCAGAGAUUGUAGGAACGGACAACAUACAGAGCACCUGCACCCUAUUGGAGUUGAACCCGCAAGAACUGAGCUCGGCUCUAGUCACAAAGACAAUAAGCAUGCGUGGCGAGAACGUCAAGACGACACUGGGCGUUGUCGCUUCGGUAGAUGUGAGGGACGCAUUCGUGAAAGGAAUCUACGGCCGCAUGUUCAUUUGGAUCAUCACGAAGAUAAACGAGGCCAUCUUCGUACAGGCCAGCAAGGACAGCAAGCACAAGAAGAACAGCAUCGGUGUCUUGGAUAUUUUUGGAUUUGAAAAUUUUGAAAAGAACAGUUUCGAGCAGCUCUGCAUAAAUUAUGCUAAUGAGAAUCUUCAACAGUUUUUCGUUCAGCAUAUUUUCAAGCUGGAGCAGGAAGAAUACGACAACGAAGGGAUCAACUGGAGUAGGAUAGAGUUCGUAGACAACCAGGAUGUCCUUGACCUUAUAGCGGUCAGACCGCUCAACAUAUUCGCCCUAGUUGAUGAGGAGAGCAAGUUCCCGCAGGGGACAGACGCGACUAUGCUGUCGAAGCUGAACCAGAACCAUUCAAAGAAUACUUACUACUGCCAAGCCAAAUCUGACAACAUCAAGAAUUUCGCAAUCAUACAUUUUGCCGGGAUUAUGGCAGACUCGAGAAAAAGAAUGCAGACUCUGGGAUCGCAAUUUAAAAAAAGUUUGGACCUGCUGAUGAAAACCCUCGGCAGUUGCCAGCCAUUCUUCGUUCGAUGCAUCAAACCAAACGAGCUUAAAAAACCAAUGAUAUUCGACCGAACCUUGUGCGUCCGACAGCUCCGAUACUCCGGUAUGAUGGAAACGAUUACUAUUCGCCGGAAAGGAUAUCCGAUUCGUCAUACAUUUGCCGAAUUUGUCGAUCGGUAUCGAAUAUUAGUUAGCGGUAUUGGGGUAUCGACGGUCGAAGAUUGCAAAGCGGCAUCGGAUAAAAUAUGUAGCGCUGUACUACAAGAAGCUGAUUAUCAACUAGGAAAGACUAAAGUCUUUUUGAAGGAUGCCCAGGACGCUUUUCUAGAACAGGAAAGAGAUCGCGUACUGACCUAUAAGCUGGUGACCAUUCAAAAGUGUGUCAAGGGCUGGUCCAAUAGGAACAAGUUUAAGAAAACUGUGUCAAGUUGUGUCACAGUUCAGAAGUUCAUCAGGUGCUUUCAGGCCAAACAGAAAUAUAACAACAUGAAAUAUGGAUACAGUCGUUUGCAAGCUUUGGUCAGAUCAAGAGAACUCGCCCAACAAUUCAGUAUGAUUAGGAGAAAAAUGAUUGCUAUCCAGAGAUAUUGCAGUGGUUUCCUGUUUAGUCACCUGUAUCAGAAGAAGUUGAAAGGUGUGGUCGUUCUGCAGGCUGGAGCCAGGUGCCUCGUCGCUAGGCGCCAGUAUUACAGAAUGAAAUUUCAGAACACAAAAAGAUUGGAGUCGGAAAAACAACGAGAGUUGGAUGAGAAACAGUUGGAGAAAAAAUUGGGUAAAGCUGAAGCUAAGAAGGAAGCUGAGAGAUUGCAUAUGAUGGAGCAAGAAGAGGCGAGAAUGAAGGCUGACAUACUGAGCAAGAAGAGUCGAAUCGACGAUGCCCUGCUACGAAACCGCGCGCCCGUCAACGACAAUGAAGUCAUCAACGAAAUGUUCGACAUCACUGACACCAUGACCAAUUCUAACGGCGUCGGGACUAACUUCCAGGGAUUCCAACCUCUGGGUGACCAAAGAUACUCUGAAAGCACCAUGGAUCUCUCAAGUAUCCAUCUUCCUCUUCCAGACGACGACAAUGAGGAUAUCAGUGAUUACAAAUUCGCAAAAUUCGCUGCCACAUACUUUCAAAACAACGCCACGACCACUUUUAUUAAGAAAUCUCUCAAAAAACCGCUUCUACCUGUAAAGAAUGAAGGAGAUGAGAUUGCUGCCCUUUCCGUGUGGAUAACGAUAUUGAGGUUUAUGGGAGAUCUGCCUGACAUUAAGUACGUCGUACAAGGGGGAGAAGCUAGGGAUAACACGCCAGUGAUGACAAAAAUUUUCACAACGCUAGGAAGAAAGUUCAACCAGAGAGAUAUUGAAGAGGCCCAGAGAAUGGGCACUGAUAUCGAGAACAACAUCAACACAACCUUACAAGAUGGCCGCCGGACCACGAAGGCCUCCAAGAAAAUGGUCUCAAUGACCUUGAGGAAGAAGUCAAAGAUCACGGAAGAGGUCAGCAACCAAAUCAAAGAUGGCGAGUUCGUGCCCCUUUCAAAUGCCCUGCUGGACGACAAACCAAUGAGCAAUCUGGAAAAGUUGCACUUCAUCAUCGGGAAUGGGAUUUUGAGGCCGGAUUUGAGACCAAGUUCGGCACGUGGGUGGAUCCUGUUAUCCCUCUGUGUGGGUUGUUUCGCCCCCACAGAAAACUUUGUCAAGUACUUGAGAUGCUUCAUAAAAGAAGGACCUCUUGGAUACGCACCUUACUGUGAGGAACGCCUGCGACGAACUUUCGCCAACGGACCGCGUAACCAGCCCCCUAGUUGGCUAGAGCUUCAAGCAACCAAAUCCAAAAAACCAUUAAUUCUCCCGAUAACUUUUAUGGAUGGCAAUACUAAAACGCUAUAUGCUGAUUCGGCUACGACUGCCAAAGAGCUAUGUCAACAGCUUUCGGCUAAGAUUAACUUGAAAGAUCAGUUCGGAUUCUCGCUCUACAUUGCGCUGUUUGAUAAGGUGUCCUCGCUGGGAAGUGGGGGUGAUCAUGUGAUGGACGCCAUCUCACAAUGCGAACAGUACGCCAAAGAACAGGGGGCCCAAGAGAGAAAUGCCCCCUGGAGACUUUUCUUCAGGAAGGAAAUUUUUGCCCCAUGGCACGACCCUGCUUUUGACAAGAUGGCCACCGAACUUAUCUACCAACAAAUUGUUCGGGGAAUUAAAUUUGGAGAGUACAGAUGUGAUAAGGAAGAUGACUUAGCCACGAUUGCAGCCCAACAAUUUUAUAUCGAAUUCGGGCCAAUAAUAUCUGUGGACCGUCUGGCGCCCCAGGUUCAGCAUUAUAUUCCCGACAUGAUACUUAUGAAGAAUUCAGCUGCCUGGGUCAAUAAAAUCGUGGACUCUUUCAAUAAAUCCUACUUCAUUAAUAAACAGUACACAGCCGACAGACUGAAGCAGGAUGUGGUCAACUACGCCAAAUUUAAAUGGCCGCUUCUAUUUUCUCGAUUCUACGAAGCCUACAAAUUCGCCGGACCAAGCUUGCCUAAAAAUGACGUCAUCAUCGCCGUCAACUGGACGGGGGUCUACGUGGUCGAUGAAACGGAAAAAGUCCUUUUGGAACUUUCUUAUCCGGAAAUAACUGCAGUCUCGUGCAGUAGAACAGGCAAGAUACACGGUCAGAGUUUUACACUGGCGACACUGAGUGGCGACGAAUACACGUUCACAUCGCCGAACGCAGAGGACAUCCGAGACCUCGUUGUCACUUUCCUUGACGGACUCAAGAAGAAAUCGAAAUUCGUCGUCGUUCUACAAGAUUACAAGCCACCUAGUGAUGACCCCAGCUUCCUGACCUUAAAAAAGGGUGACCUUAUAACCUUGAAGACCAAUGGCGAAUCGGCAAUGACGACAGGUUGGUGUUCCGGAACGAGCAACAGCUCACAAAAAAGCGGAGACUUCCCAGCUGAAUGUGUUUACAUACUUCCCUGUAUCACCAAGCCCACUGUCGAUAUUUUGAAAAUGUUCAUGAACAAACCUCAAAACAUGUACAACGGUUCGGAUUCUGGAUUUGAUGAUUCAACAUUAUCAUCGUCGUCGUCAUCGUCCUCUUACAGCACGCUCGAGACCUACUCAUUUGAUCAUUUCAGACCACCUCCGAAAAAAACCCUGACGAAGACAAUAGCCACCAUAAGAAGAAAGGCCGAGGAAUCGUUGUGGAGGCAUUCCACUCAACCCCUGAAAGGCCCUCUCCUCAAGAAACUCCUGAACGAUGAGGAACUCUAUGCGGCUGCCUGCGAUUCAUUUUUGACCAUCAUGAAAUAUGCCGGAGACCACCCUAGCAAGCAGGUUGUGCCAUAUUUAGAACUCUACUACGUCGUCUUCAAGCCAGCUAUUGAUAACGAUUCAAUGAAGGAUGAGAUAUACUGCCAAGUUGUUAAACAGCUUACCUUCAAUAGGAACCCAGCCAGCGAGAAGAUUUACUGGCAGUUGUUGUGGCUGUUGUCGGGUAGUUUUGCACCUAGUACCAACUUGUGCAAGGAGCUGAAAUCCUUUCUUGAGUGCCGUACUACAAAAAUCAACAUGGCCUCUUUCUGCCUAACCAGGCUUAAUAAGAUCAUCAAAAGCGGAAGUAGAAAACACCCUCCCCAUCCAGUAGAAAUCAAAGCCAGUCAGAUGGAUGAACCAAUCAUAAAGCAGAGGAUCUUAUUCCCCGACGAGACAGACGUCAACUGCGUCGUUGACUCGAAUAUGUACGCUAAAGAGCUGUGCGAGAGCUUAGCUGAGCAGCUGAAGCUGAAAACGGCUGAAGGGUUUAGCUUGUUCAUCAAGAUGGCUGAUAAAGUGAUCAGCAUUCCGGAAGGUGACUUCUUUUUCGACUUCGUCCAGCAUUUGACGGAGUGGGUAAACAAGAGCAAAGGAACGAUGGGAACCGGCACUCAGUUUAAUUAUCAAGUCUUCUUCAUGAAAAAGCUCUGGUCGAGCACUGUUCCUGGCUACGACGUCAACGCAGACGUCAGAUUUCAUUACUACCAGGAAUUGCCGAAACUGUUGCUGGGAUAUCACAAGUGCACGGUAGACGAUGCGCUGAAGUUGGCCGGUUUCAUCACGGCGGUUAAAUACAGUAGCAAACCGGAUGCAUUAGCGAGUCUCGGAGCCGAAAAAUUGUUAAAAGAGACCAUUCCGAUAAACUUGCACAAAUCCAUGAGCAAUAACGAAUGGCAAAACGAAAUACAGUCGGCAUUUAAAGAUUGCAGUAACAUGCCUGAAAAAGAGGCAAAAGUGGCCUUCCUCAAACAAUUGUACUACUGGCCCACAUUCGGAUCAGCGUUCUUUGAUAUUAAACAAAGUACUGACUCAUCACUGCCAAAGAAUCUUUUGAUGGCCAUCAACAAACAGGGCGUCAAUCUAAUUGACCCUAACUCUAAGGAUAUCCUAGCGACGUAUCCCUUUACGAAGAUAUCAAACUGGAGCAGCGGAGCAUCCUACUUCCACAUGACCAUCGGGAGUCUCGUUAAAGGAAACAAGUUACUCUGUGAAACCGUCUUGGGCUACAAGAUGGAUGACCUUUUGACCUCUUACAUAGGCCUCAUGUUGGCCUCAGUUAAAAAUAAAACCAUCAAGAAGGAGAGAUUGUAAAGUGACGAACUCGAAAAAGAUCGAUAAUUUAUUUAUUUAUUCUGAUUUUAUUUAAAAAACACGUUAUUUAAUUAUAUAUUAGAAUCAAAAUUAGUACGAGAAGAUGAUGAUGGGUUCAUUGAUGAAAUACGUUUGUUAUUUAUUGCUUAUUAAAAUAUUUUUAACGUUAUUUUAUUUAAUCUGAUUUAGUUUUUUAUAAAAAUUAUAUUUAUUUGAUUUACCAUACAUUCCAAGCCAUGAUUUUUAUAAAAUAAAGACUUAUUUCAUUGA